CUAGUUGGUGGAGCAUGAUGAUAGAGGUCAGGUUUGUGUGUAGAGAGCUGGACUGUGGGAAUCCUGUAGCUGAAUCUGGAAUACCUCUGCUUGAAGAUGGAAGACGAAGAGUUAUACUAGGUGGUUGCUAUGGAAAUGAGUCUUCUGUUAGACAGUGUGACAUUGUAAGAGGAGGACCUGGUGGCUGUAAUGGUAGAACUUAUCAUCAUGUGACCUGUUCAGAGUCUGUGCGGCUUGUGGAUGGAGCUGGUCUCUGCUCUGGGAGAGUGGAGGUGAAGUCCAAUCAGUCCUGGGCCUCAGUGUGUGAAGCUGACUUUGACCGGCAGGAUGCAGAGGUAGUCUGUGGGGAGUUUGGCUGUGGGGCUCCUGCAGCUCUACAGGGGGGGCUCUAUGGAGAAGGUGAGGGUCAGACCUGGGAUAAAGAGUUCCAGUGUAAAGGCAAUGAGUCCCUUCUCCUGGACUGUGACACCUCAGACAGAAAGAACACCUGCCUACCUGGUAAUGCUGUUGGACUAACAUGCUCAGAUCUCCUGGUCCAGCCUGAAAUCUUCCUGACUGACUCAAUGGGAGGGGUCUCCAGGGGCCACCAGGGGGCCGAGAUGUUCAGGGGCUACAACUUCACCAUCACCUGCUCCACUCAGCCACAGUACCCAGGAGGCUCCUUCCUCCUCACGUUCACCGGCUCCAACAGAACCCAGAUCCAGCAAGCUCAUUAA